AUGAAAGAGGUUGUAGUUAGCGCGACUCCCAAGAGGAUAAGUGGGCUGGAAUUCAGUGCUUUGAGCGCAGCAGAUAUUGUAGCCCAGUCUGAAGUUGAGAUCUCUACGCGUGAUCUGUUCGAUCUCGAGAAUGGUAGGGCUCCAAGGGCUGGUGGUGCUUUGGAUCCCAAGAUGGGUGUCUCUUCUUCGAGCCUGGAGUGUACUACUUGUCAUGGUAACUUGGCAUCGUGUCACGGUCAUUUUGGUCACAUUAAGUUGGCUUUACCUGUUUUCCACGUUGGGUAUUUUAAAGCUACUAUUCAAAUUUUACAAGGCAUUUGCAAGAAUUGUUCUGCGGUUCUAUUGGAUGAUCAUGAUAGAAGACAUUUCUUGUCUGAACUACGUCGUCCUGGGGUUGAUAAUCUGAGACGUAUGGGUAUACUUUCCAAAGUUCUUGAUCAAUGUAAGAAACAAAGAAGAUGUUUACAAUGUGGUGCAUUAAAUGGUGUUGUGAAGAAAGCAGCUGCCGGUUCAGGUUCUGCGUCACUCAAGAUCAUUCACGAUACCUUCCGUUGGGCGGGCAAGAAAUCUGUUCCAGAAAAGGACAAAUGGGUUGGUGACUGGGACGAAGUGUUAUCACAUAACCCAGAACUAGAGCGUUACGUCAAGCGUUGUAUGGAUGAUUUGAAUCCUUUAAAGACUCUGAACCUUUUCAAACAGCUGAAACCUGAAGACUGUGAGCUUCUUGGUAUAGAUUCUUCUAACAAGUCAGGUCGACCAGAGACUUAUAUCUGGAGAUACUUGCCAGCUCCGCCUGUUUGUAUCAGACCUUCGGUCAUGAUGCAAGAUUCUCCCGCAUCCAAUGAAGAUGAUUUAACUGUUAAACUGACUGAAAUUGUUUGGACUUCGUCGUUGAUCAAGAGUGGUCUCGAAAAAGGUAUAUCAAUUAACAAUAUGAUGGAACAUUGGGAUUACUUACAACUGUCAGUGGCAAUGUAUAUCAAUUCUGAUUCCGUGAACCCUGCUAUGAUGCCGGGUGCAUCAAGUGGAGGCGGUAAAGUCAAACCAAUCAGAGGGUUUUGUCAACGUCUUAAGGGUAAACAAGGCAGAUUUAGAGGUAAUUUAUCUGGUAAGCGUGUUGAUUUCUCGGGGAGAACAGUUAUUUCACCAGAUCCAAAUUUAUCCAUUGACGAAGUUGCCGUUCCAGAUCGUGUCGCCAAAGUGCUAACAUAUCCAGAAAAGGUCACUCGUUACAAUAGACAAAAAUUGCAACAACUUUUAAUCAAUGGUCCCAACGUACAUCCAGGUGCCAACUAUUUAUUAAAAAAAGACGAAGACGCCAGAAGAAACUUACGUUAUGGUGAUCGUGUCAAAUUGGCAAAAAACUUAAGAGUAGGUGAUGUUGUCGAGAGACAUCUCGAGGAUGGCGAUGUCGUUCUAUUCAACCGUCAGCCUUCUCUGCAUAGAUUGUCUAUCUUAUCGCAUUAUGCAAAGAUCCGUCCAUGGAGAACUUUCAGAUUAAAUGAAUGUGUCUGUACACCAUAUAACGCCGAUUUUGACGGUGACGAAAUGAACUUGCAUGUUCCUCAAACCGAGGAGGCCAGAGCAGAAGCGAUAAACCUGAUGGGUGUCAAGAAUAACCUGCUAACACCAAAGUCUGGUGAACCCAUCAUUGCCGCUACGCAAGAUUUCAUCACAGGCUCAUACCUGAUUUCGCAUAAGGAUUCUUUCUUUGACAGAGGUUCUUUGACUCAGCUACUCUCUAUGAUGUCCGAUGGCAAUUUGCAAUUCGACAUUCCAGCACCCGCCAUCAUGAAACCAUGCUACCUAUGGACCGGGAAACAGGUGUUUUCUUUGUUAAUUAAACCAAACAAGAAAUCACCAGUGGUGAUUAACUUGGAUGCCAAGAAUAAAGUCUUCAUUCCCCCAAAAUCGAAGUCACUCCCUAGUGAAAUGUCGCAAAAUGAUGGUUACGUUAUUAUAAGAGGUUCAGAAAUUUUGAGUGGUGUCAUGGAUAAAUCUGUUCUUGGUGAUGGUAAAAAGCACUCUGUCUUUUACACAAUCCUUAGAGAUUAUGGCCCUCAAGAAGCUGCUAAUGCAAUGAACAGAAUGGCUAAACUCUGUGCUAGGUAUUUGGGUAACAGAGGUUUCUCAAUUGGUAUCAGUGAUGUUACGCCAGCGGAUGAUUUGAAAAAGAAAAAGGAAGAUAUGGUCGAGUUUGCAUAUGCAAAGUGUGAUGAAUUAAUUGAUUCUUAUAACAAGGGCAAGCUGGAGACUCAACCUGGUUGUAACGAAGAACAAACUCUAGAAGCCAAGAUUGGUGGUCUCUUAUCCAAGGUUAGAGAAGAGGUCGGUGACGUUUGUAUCAAUGAACUGGAUAAUCUGAAUGCUCCACUUAUCAUGGCAACCUGUGGUUCCAAAGGUUCCACACUUAACGUUUCUCAGAUGGUUGCUGUUGUCGGUCAGCAAAUCAUUUCAGGUAAUCGUGUUCCUGAUGGUUUCCAAGAUCGUUCCCUACCUCACUUUCCUAAGAACUCCAAGACCCCUCAAUCAAAAGGUUUUGUGAGAAACUCGUUUUUCUCAGGUUUGACACCACCAGAAUUUCUAUUCCACGCUAUCUCUGGUCGUGAAGGUUUGGUGGAUACCGCUGUCAAAACUGCUGAGACUGGUUAUAUGUCGCGUAGAUUGAUGAAGUCCCUGGAAGAUUUGUCUUGUCAGUACGAUAAUACUGUGAGGACUUCCUCUAAUGGUAUUGUGCAGUUCACUUAUGGUGGUGAUGGUCUUGAUCCUAUGGAAAUGGAAGGAAAUGCCCAGCCGGUCAAUUUCGUCAGAUCCUGGAAUCAUGCUUUCAAUGUUACCUUCAAUAAUACCGAAAGAGGUUUAUUCCCAUAUCAAAUAGAAGAAGAGACAGAUAAAAUUCUGGCACCACUCAUGAAUAGAUUAAUAAGAUAUGACAACGUCGGUAAGCUGGUUCCAAAGGAAAAAGAUGCAUUGAUAGAGUACAUUGAUCAAAAUGAUGCCGAAAGAAACUUCUAUCUAUCUUUGAAAAGCUUCAUGCGCGGCAAAGCUGAGUUGCUGGCCUCGGUGAGGAAACAAAGGGGUAUGAAGGAGUUACUGGAUGAACCUGGGCCUGAAUUCAAGAACAUAGAUUUUGAUGAAGAUGUACCGGAGAAUAUAAGGCACUCUGUUGAUCAACUAUGCCGUAUUACUGGUGACUCCGUUAGAGAAUUUUUGAAGAUCGCUAUAUCGAAGUAUCGUAGGGCAAGGGUGGAACCUGGUACUGCAGUGGGUGCCAUUGGUGCUCAAUCUAUUGGUGAGCCUGGUACUCAAAUGACUUUGAAAACUUUUCACUUUGCUGGUGUUGCUUCGAUGAACGUUACACUGGGUGUUCCUCGUAUCAAGGAAAUUAUCAAUGCUUCAAAAGUCAUUUCAACGCCAAUUAUCAAUGCUGUUCUUGUCAAUGACAAUGAUGAAAGAGCUGCUAGAGUGGUUAAAGGUAGAAUUGAAAAAACCUUACUAUCGGACGUGGCAUUUUACAUUCAGGACGUUUACCAGGAUAACCUCUCUUUUAUGCAGGUAAGAAUUGACCUCAACACCAUAGAUAAGCUUCAGCUUGAAUUGACAAUAGAAGAUAUCGCCGUCGCAAUAACAAGAGCUCCGAAGUUGAAGAUACAAGCCUCUGACGUUACUAUCCUAGAUAAAGACAAGAUCGCCAUCAAUGUUUUCCCAGAAGGAUACAAGGCUAAAUCUAUUUCCACAUCUGCUAAGGAACCUCAUGAAAAUGAUGUUUUCUUCAGAAUGCAGCAGCUCCGUCGUUCAUUGCCAGGUAUCGUUGUUAAAGGUCUACCUGAUAUUUCAAGAGCAGUUAUUAAUGUCCGUGAUGACACAAAGCGUGAGCUAUUGGUUGAAGGCUACGGUUUGAGAGAUGUCAUGUCAACGGAUGGUGUUGUUGGGCAUAAGACAGCGACAAAUCAUAUCUUGGAAGUUUUCAGUGUCCUUGGUAUCGAAGCCGCCAGAGCAAGUAUUAUUGGUGAGAUUGAUUACACCAUGAGUAAUCACGGUAUGAGUGUCGAUCCUCGUCAUAUUCAACUAUUAGGUGACGUGAUGACGUAUAAGGGAGAGAUUUUGGGUAUCACUAGGUUCGGUUUGAGUAAAAUGAGAGAUUCGGUUCUGCAGCUCGCAUCUUUCGAAAAGACAACAGAUCAUUUAUUCGAUGCAGCGUUCUACAUGAAGAGAGAUGCCGUCGAGGGUGUUUCUGAGUGUAUUAUAUUAGGACAAACAAUGUCGAUUGGUACAGGUGCUUUCAAAGUCAUUAAGGGAACCGAUCUACAUGAGCAAGACCUAAGACCAAAGCCUACUUUGUUUGAGUCCCUAUCAAAAGAAACAGCCAUAAAGGCCAACUAA